CAUACAACUCAAAUGCCACAAAACAACACCAUGCCUCUACAUCUCAAUUCCCCAUCUCCUUUUCCUUCUCCACCGCUCUCUUCUCCAUAUCUUCUUUUCUUUGGCACCAACUUUUCUGUAUGAAAAAAAGCCUCACUAUUUUGGUUGAUGCUGUUGGAGCCGAUUUUGAGGGUUCAGCUUCUCUAGUUAUUGGCUGCAAGACAGGAGGAGAAUAAGAGGCGAUUAUGGAGGUCAUCGGUGAUCUGCCGAGGGAAUUGUUCCUCGAAAUUCUCUUACGGCUGCCAGCCGAAUCUUUGAUGCGAUGCAAGUAUGUUUGCAAAUAUUGGCAUUCUCUCAUUACCAAUCCUAAAUUCAUCCAACUGCACCUCAACUACAACUAUAAUAACAAUGUAUGCGUCCUUCUGAAGCGCUGCCUCGUCACAUGUUUAGGACAGAAAGAAAACUUGCUGUCAUUAGUCUGCGGGAAUGGUUUUUCUUUCGAAAAUUUAGAUGUCGAUUUGUCCUUGUAUAGGAAGGAGCCAUGUUUACAGCUUUUAGGUCAUUGUGAUGGCAUUAUUUGCCUAUCAAACUACAGAGAUUACAUACUUCUCUGUAACCCUGCAACUAGGGAGUCCAUGGUGCUCCCUGAGUCCUGUCUCCCUUGUUAUCCCUGGAUCCGAAGCUUGAUAUCUCAAACCACCGGGUUGGGGUUUGGUUAUGAUGCUAAGAGCCAUUGCUUCAAGGUUGUUAGGAUUGUUUCGUAUUGGGAGGAGCUAAGAGGGAGUAACUUACCCCAUUUUUCCAGGGCUGAAGUAUACUCCAUGGGAACGGAUUCUUGGAAAGAAAUCAACGUUACCGUCCCUGCACAUGUCCGAUAUUCCCCGUGUUUCGAGACGUACUUUAAUGGAGCAUUCCAUUGGUAUGCCAUGGAUGAUAACGGAAAUGAAGUCAUCCUUUCAUUCAACAUGGGAAACGAGGAGUUCCAAGUAAUACCAAUGCCGAGUUUCAUCUCCAUGCAUGAUCAUUCAAUUUGCAGGAAUCUUUUAGUGUGGAACGAUUGCAUUGCUCUCGUAAUCUACCCGGAAAGAGGGAUCGAAAAAUCGUUCGAGAUAUUUGUGAUGAAGGAAUAUGGAGUGAAGGAAUCUUGGACAAACGUAUUAACGAUCGGACCCCUUACAAGAGUGGAGAGGCCUUUGGUAUUUCGGAAAAUUGAUGAGAUUCUCAUGGAGGGAUCCCAUGGACAAAUGAUGUCUUAUAACCUUAGGAACAAAGAAGUCAAGGAUCUUCCGAUUUAUGGGGUUCCAAAGUCAUUUUCAACUCUUGUAUACGUUAAUAGCCUUGUUUCAGUCAAAGGAGGAAAUCAAAUGCUUGAUCAAAGAGAUAAUACAGAUUUUGGUUGGUGAAGGUUUGGAGGACCAAACAAAGAUGAUGUUGCAGGAUAUGGAUCCAUGGAUAAGAGAAAGGAAACAAUGUCAUCAAUGGACAGAAAUGAUCAUAAAUGUACAGUGCAAUGGCAUGCUAAGUUUUGGGUUUAUAAGAAUCUUUGUUCUUUUUUCUUUUGAAGGUGAAUCAGAUGAAUGGUAACGGUAAUCUAAUUCCGGCAGAAGAAUUUAGUUAUGAAAUCAAUGUGCAUAGGAUCAGAAAACAAAAUACAGGCACCAAGGAUGGCAAGCACAGGGAAUUUAAUUACAAGUUUCUGUACUAAAGAUGUACGGAGGCCAGAUCUGUCCAAUUCUUUUGGUAAUCAAUCUCUUUCUCCUGACGUUUUUAACAAUCAACCCCUUACAAGUACGCAUGUUGUUUUUCUUAUGGUUUUCGUAUAUGUACUCGUACUUAUGUGUUUCAGUAGUUCUAAUUAGGAUAAUUUAUUGGUAUUUUUAAAAUAUUUUUUUUUCUUUUCUACAUAUAUAUAUUUGUAUGUAUGAGCUUCAAUUCCAAAAUCAUCAGGCAGCCGAUGAUUUUCCAUGUUAAGAAUUUCUACGGAAUGUGAUUAUUAGUGUUACAGGGUUAGGCCUUUCA